UUUUCAUGGAGGACAUGAAUGAAGCUUCUGCCUAGUAGUAGAACAAGAAGUGUUUUGUCCGGGCUUCCUCGGUCGGCAUUGACAUUCAGACACUGAGCCUCUGACCUGCUCUCCGCUAUUUCUCCAGUCAUUUCUCUGUGCUUCAGUAUCUGAAGAUAUAUUGGAGUGAUGAAUCGUGGCCAUAAGAAUAUUGAUGGUAGAAGGAUAUACGGGCUGCUCUGUUAGCAGACGGAUCUUUCCUGCUUCAUCCAGCGUGCGGACACAUGGCGGAUCAUCUGGACACACAGCAGCUUCCGGAAGUGGCUGCUCAGGAUCCUUCCAUCAACCAAAUACAGAACACGUUGUCGGAAUUUAGGAGCAAACCGCAGAGCCAUACGGUUUCCGUAGAACACGAUGCUGAGGUUCGCAAAAGUCUUAUGGCCGAGGGGCCGUUACUAAAGACCAAAGUGUUGUUAAAGUUGGUGCAGAAUUUUGCGCUUGAUUUUGAGAAGAGAAUCGGAGGAUCAGGACAUCAGGUGGACACCCUGGAGCUAUCCAGCGGCGCCAAAAUCAAUCGGAUCUUUCAUGAGCGCUUCCCGUUUGAGCUGGUGAAGACAGAGUUUGAAGGGAAGGAUCUAAGGCGAGAGAUCAGUUAUGCCAUUAAAAACAUCCACGGCAUCAGGACUGGGCUUUUCACUCCAGAUAUGGCGUUCCAGGCAAUUGUGAAAAAACAGAUAGUGAAGCUGAAAGGGCCGGCAUUAAAGUGUGUGGACCUGGUCAUGGAGGAGCUCCUCAACUCGGUUACAAAAUGCAUGACUAAGUUAUCUGACUAUCCGAAACUCAGAGAUGAAACAGAAAGGAUAGUAACGUUCUUCAUCCAUCAACGAGAAGAGAAAACCAAAGAGCAGGUGUUACUUCUGAUUGAUAUCCAGCUCUCCUACAUCAACACCAACCAUGAAGACUUCAUUGACUUUGCAUAUGCUCAUCAAGGAUACGGUCAGCAGAAGAAGAGUUCAGCCGGCGGUCAGGAUUUAAGCAGAGUCUUUUCUACUUGUUUGAGCACGUGUAACAAGACGCCGGAUCCUGAAGACUUUCCUCGCGCUCUGCUUAACCGUGUGUUUUGUGUGGUGAUCCGGAAAGGAUGGCUGACUAUAAGCAACAUCAGUCUGAUGAAGGGGGGCGCCAAGGACUACUGGUUCAUUCUCACUGCUGAAAGCCUCUCCUGGUAUAAAGACGAUGAGGAAAAAGAGAAGAAGUACAUGCUACCUUUGGACAAUCUGAAGGUCCGUGAUGUGGAAAAAGGCUUCAUGUCCAGCAAACACAUCUUUGCCCUGUUCAACACCGAGCAACGGAAUGUUUACAAGGAUUACCGCUGCCUGGAGCUGGCCUGUGACUCCCAGGAAGAGGUGGAUAGCUGGAAGGCUUCUUUACUUCGUGCCGGAGUGUAUCCGGAUCGGCCGAAAGAUACAGAAGAAGAAUCAUCGCAAGCAGAAAACUUAUCCAUGGAUCCACAGCUGGAAAGACAAGUGGAGACAAUCCGUAACCUGGUCUAUUCCUACAUGACCAUCAUAAACAAGUGCUUUAAAGAUCUCAUCCCCAAGACCUUGAUGCACCUGAUGAUCAACAGUGUCCGAAAAUUCAUACGUGGCGAGUUACUGGCCCACCUGUGCUCUUCAGAGGAUCAGGACACUUUGAUGGAUGAAUUAUCUGAGCAGCAGCAGCAAGAAGAGACGCUAAAGGUGGAGCGGAGUGCGCAAGAAGCUGCGCAGAAUAUCGGCGAUAACAGCGCAUACACCGGGCUCUCCCCAUCAUCGCCUUCUGAAGACAACACCUGGAUUCACCGUUCCCCAUCUACGAGUCCAUCAUAUCAGAGAAGGUCUGAUCACCACGCUCUGACAGUAACACCAUCACUGGCCGGCUCCAUCCCUGCACCUACAAUCUCAUCUCCGGACUCUGAACAUUCGGCCCCACCAGUACCGUCCAAUCCAGGGCCUUUUCCUUGUAUUAAUGAUCCUUUUCUGGCUCCACCACAUGUCCCUUCUUGGCCAUCACGUAUUCCACCAGGUGUUCCAAGCAGAAGAUCCCAUCCAUCACCAACGGUCCCCACCGCUAUCUGCCCAUCGGACUCUUCUACGUCGGAGUAAGCCAUCGCCGAUAGUGUACAUAUAGUGUAGCAGUCUUCAAACUGUUGCAAAACUACAACUCCCAGCAUGCCCGGACAGCCAACGGCUGUCCGGGCAUGCUGGGAGUUGUAGUUUUGCAACAGAUGGAGAUCCACAGUAUGGAGACCAGUGGUGUAGCGACUCCCUCAUCACUCGCUAUGGCAUCUACUUAUUUCCUGGGAGGAGACUCUAAUCUGCAGGAUCGGUUGAAUUUCUACUAAUUUCUGAAUUUCCAAAAUAAAAUGUCUCUAUUGUUCUCCAUUUCCACUACUAACACUCCCCCUCCCCCGCUGUCUACGCUUACAGAAUUAUAUGCCCCGGUCAUGAUCAUUCCUGUGAUAUUUUUACUGUACAUGUCAUUUAUCCACCAAUAAAAUACGGGAUCGGGAUGACGUC